AUUGGCUGAUAUUGAGAGAGGCGUUCACUGAGAUAGGGGAAGUUCGGUUGAAGAGACACCGGCUUCUUAUCCCCGCGCACGGGUUGCCCUUGAAGGCUUCAUUCACACGAGACGUUUGACAGAAGCGGGAGCGGGAGUGGAGGGCAGCGACCAGCCAGAUACUGACAAUGGGAGACAUUGAAAAGGGCAAGAAGGUCUUUGUUCAGAAGUGUGCGCAGUGCCAUACAGUUGAAAAAGGAGGCAAGCACAAGACUGGCCCAAAUCUUAAUGGGCUGUUCGGCCGAAAGACUGGUCAAGCUGAAAACUUUUCCUACACGGAAGCCAACAAAAGCAAAGGAAUAAUCUGGGGGGAAGAUACCCUGAUGGAGUACUUGGAAAACCCUAAGAAGUAUAUUCCAGGAACUAAGAUGAUCUUUGCUGGCAUUAAGAAGAAAGGGGAGAGGGCAGAUCUAAUAGCAUACCUUAAGGAUGCCACUGCUAAGUAAUGGUUAUCCGUUGCCUUAUUUAUUUCACCAAACAAAUGGAAAUGACUCUCUGCGAUGAGAUUAGGUUUUAAACUUUCUAUUUUUGCAUACAGUGUAUCUACUAAAUCUUUCUCGUCAGCCAGAGAACUCUGAUCAUGGAUGGUUGUUCAAACAUUACGUACUUUGGUCAUAAUUUAUAGAGCUGUAUAAUUGGGCAUAACUGAGUACAGUCUGGAAGGCUGCCUGAAGUGUUCCCUGAUCACGUAAUUAAAAAGAACCCCUCAAUGUG